UGAAAAAUGAGCCUGUCAUUGCUUUUUGACUCCCCUCAUAAUUUGCGAUCAAUAAAUCUAGAUACGAUACCAAUGGCCAAUAUUUGCAGGUUACUACCCUCAUCUAAAGCAGAACUGUACAUGUUUCCACACAGAAACAUCACACGAGAGUAUUUCGACCCAAGAAAGAACAUCAUUGAUUUCGAUGACAUCGACGUCUUUUUGGAGAAGUGCAACCCGGCAACAUUCACACUUCUAAACUCUGCAGGGGUGCCCUGUGACGUCACGCACACACAUGUCAAUCAUUAUCGAACAUGCGCAGUGGUAGGGAACGGAGGGAUACUGCUGAACAGCGGCUGUGGUGCGGAGAUAGACGCUCACGACUUCGUCAUUCGGAACAACCUCCCGCCAACUGCUUCGUACGCCAACGAUGUUGGGAAGAAGACCGACCUCACAACGAUAAACCAUGCAAAACUGUGGGAAGUCUGCUCAAACUUAGGACCAAAGAACAAGACAGUGAGAAAAGCUAUCCUUACCCGACUGAGUGAGUCGCCAGGGAUGAUAUUCAGUUAUUCACUUUCCACUGUGGGCUCUCCCGGGCGCAGUAAACUCAAGGCCAUAGAUCGAGUCAUCAGAGACAACAAAAUCCCCGUUACACUAGCGUUCUCACACCAGUCUGCAAUGGGCAACAAAGGUUUGUACAGCAAACUUGCCGGGAAACGUUGGAGAGUCCCGUCCACGGGCCUGAACACCUUCGCCCUGGCCUCGACCUUCUGUGACAGGAUCUCCAUGUACGGGUACUACCCCCUACAAAAAUACAACAACAGAAACGUCUCUUACCACUACUAUGACAGAGGAGGAUAUGGUCACUGGCACAAGAUGGACCAAGAGUUCGCCAUGUUUCAGGAGUUCCACAAUCAAGGAGUAAUCAGACAUGUUAUAGGCGAGUGUAAUUCUGACUGAAGGAUAUCUAGGGGACAACAAUUUGUUCAAUGUUAUGUAAAACAAACUAAUGAUUAGCACAUUCCAUUGUAACACAAUAUCAAAGAACUUCA